AUGACCAUGACAAUGCACCACCAGCUCAACGGGAGCUCCGGUUCAAACGGCGUCGUCAAGACCCGACGCUCGCACCGCAAAUCCAGGAACGGCUGCAGCGAGUGCAAGCGACGACACAUUCGAUGCGACGAGCGCCGCCCAGCCUGCACCAACUGCACCAUUGCUGAGCGCGCAUGCUCCUUUCCGCCCUCUCGCCAGAACCAGCUGUCGCCCCUACCGCAGCCGCCGCUGCCGCACAGCCCGGCCGACUCGCAUCUCAGCCGCAAGUCGCAGCACUCGCCAUCUUCCUGCGAACCGGAUCACCCGGGACCGUGGCCCGUCUAUGCCCAUGAGCCAUCGUCAACUUCUCCAGAGUCUGUCCUCAGCGCCGGCCGCGGCAGGUUCGCGCCGGCGCCCUCCACGGGACCCCAGACUCUGCCGUCCUUUACCGAAUCCUUCACCAACACGGCAUACAACCCGCCUGUUCCUCCGGCGUCUCUCUUCACAGCCGAGCACCUGAUGCUCUUCCACCAUGUCUCUGAUGCAAUGAGCGACUGCAUAUUGGCCCGCGGCCAGAUCAAGAUUGUCCUGGACGUUGCCGUCAAGCAUCUGGUUGAUGCGCCCUAUCUGAUGGACCAGCUGCUGGCCUUGUCCGCGCUGCACGUGUCCCUCACCACCAAACCCGGCGAGAAUCCUCUGCUCGGAACUGCUGUUACUUUCCGUCAUCAGGCUACCGAGCUGCAGACGCGAGCGCUGUCGUCCUUCACCCGCAUCGCUUCUCUUGUUCCCGCGGAUGAUACGGCUACCUGCGUCCCGCGGUUCCUGUUUGCCAGUCUGCUGAGCAAUCAAGUUUUGGCUGAGACGUUGUUGCAGCAUCAACCACAGCCUCCUCCCUACCACCACGAUGUCAUGGGAGUUCAUGGUGGAGGAAGUGGCAGCAGCAAUGGCAGUGGUGGAGGCAUGAUUAGCUUCCACGGCUUUAUCGAGCGCAUGGUUGAGUGUAUCCACCUGCAUCGGGGCAUCCUUGCCCAAAUUCGUCCGACAUGGGAUUAUCUUAUGCAAUCUGAGCUCUAUCCUCUGCUACGAAUCACCCACGACGCCAACAUAGCAGCAAUAACUCUCAAGUCUGGCACCGAGUGUGUCUUUCUCCGCCAGAUGAUAGCAUCAACGCCAUCCUCCGCAGCGUCCCUAUAUAGAGACGCUUCACCCCGUCUUGACCAAGCCAGCGCCGACGCUUGCCGAAUCGCCAUUGACUCUCUGCAGUGGGCAUUUGACAUGCACCGAGCUCUACCUGAGCAGGACGUUCCUCAUGCGCCCUCUGCUUUCAUCGUCACGGUGGAGGCCGAGUAUGUAGAUCUUCUACGACAGCUUCUACCCGAAGCAUUGGUGAUUCUGGCGUACCUGGGUGUCUUGAUACAUCGAUGCCGCCGUUUCUGGACAUUCGGCAACGCAGGGGCAAAUCUCAUCCGAGCCAUUGCCGGAUAUCUAGGCUCCCACUGGCGCGAGUCGCUGGCAUGGCCUUUAAAAGUGAUUGAAGAAGAGACUGAUUAA